AUGACAACGUACAAGAUCGCUUGCAUCGGGGCGGGCUACGUAGGCGGGCCGACUAUGAGCAUGAUCGCCUACAAGUGCCCGGACAUCGAGGUUGUUGUGCUUGAUAUCAAUGAAGAGCGCAUCAAGGCGUGGAACAGCGACAAGUUGCCCAUCUACGAGCCUGGGCUGGAGGAGGUGGUGAAUGCGGUGCGCGGGAAGAACCUGUUCUUCUCUACGGACACCACCAAGCACCUGGGCGAGGCUGACAUGAUUUUUGUCAGCGUCAACACGCCCACCAAAACAAGCGGCAUCGGCGCGGGUCGUGCGGCCGACCUGACCUACUGGGAGGGCGCCGCGCGCAUGAUCGCGAGCGUGUCUAAGAGCAGCAAGAUCGUGGUGGAGAAGAGCACCGUGCCCGUCAAGACUGCAGAGGCAAUCUCGAAGGUGCUCCAGCGCAACUGCAGCGACCCCGGGGUCAACUUUGAGAUCCUGUCGAACCCAGAGUUCCUGGCGGAAGGCACCGCCAUGGACGACCUGCGCAUGCCGGACCGCGUGCUGAUCGGCGGCCAGGAGACGCCCAGCGGCCAGGCGGCCCUGGAGAAGCUCAAGUGGGUGUACGCCCACUGGAUCCCCGAGGAGCGCAUCCUGCUGGCCAACUUGUGGAGCGCUGAGCUGGCAAAGCUGACGGCCAACGCCAUGCUGGCGCAGCGCAUCAGCAGCGUCAACGCCAUCAGCGCGCUCUGCGAGGCCACCGGCGCCGACGUGUCGCAGGUGGCGUUUGCCAUUGGCAUGGACAGCCGCAUCGGCCCCAAGUUCCUGCAGGCCAGCGUGGGCUUUGGCGGCAGCUGCUUCCAAAAGGACAUCCUCAACCUCUGCUACGUCUGCGAGACCGUUGGGCUCAAGGAGGUGCGGGCCGCGGGUUGA